UCGAGGCUGUAGGGCGAAAGAGAGAAAUGGAGAAAUAUUUCGGAAACGCGUACAGAGGCGACCCGGGCGUCCCACACGCCGACCCGGACCGAUUCGUCAACAUCUGGAUUGGAUCCAUCGCCUUCUCGGCACUCACUUGGGUUAACCCCUACAUGUGGCAGCUCUCCAAUCAAUUCAAUUGGCAUGACAAAGCCAUGUUAUUUGAGCAAUAUCACUGGAAGAAAGCACUGGCAAAAAAGCAACCAUAUAAAUUCAAGUGGAACCAGUACAUGGACAGGGACCUCCGCGACUCGUACUACUUCAACUGGCCUGUCUACUUCCCCUAGAUGUAUCUUCCGUGUUGGCCUGCUCUGCUUUCAUUCUGAACUUUUUAAAACAAUGAAACUAUUGUAGCCUGAAGAUGGAGGCUUAUGCUAUUUUCCUCCUCUUCCCCCCACCCUAGUUUGUUGAAUUUAAAGCUUCGCAACUAAAUGCAGCAUAUUUAAGUACAUUUAUUUUUAAGCGUAUUCUAUUACCAUUUUAUGCCCA